AUGCGUGAUUUCGGCGGAGCCAUGUCGUCCGCCUCCUCCGCCAGCACAUCCGCCACAAUAAUCAAACGAAAUGGGAACAAUAAUUCGACGACGUCGUCGGGAGUGUCUUCAGAAGUCUCCCCGAAUUCGAUGACGUCACCAAACACGUCAUCCGGUGGGGAGCAUGAUCAGAAUCAGAAUAACAAGAAAUGCGAUUGUUGUCCGUAUGGGUAUCAUAUCGAUUUGGGAUUCGUCUCGUUUGCACAGAAUGUUAGCAAUGGUUUCGUAUCGAGACAAGGAACCCCAACCAACAUGAUGCCACGUGGCAAUGGAGUAGACCGUCAGCUGAUGUCACCCCUUCUGGAUAACAGUAUUUUCAGUGAUUCUUUGGAGAAUUUGAUGAGUGAUUUCGAUGAUGUCCUGUCACCGCAUAAGGAGAUUGAGAAGACCCAGAAAACCGUGUCAGACAUUCGAAACCGGUUACAAGGUGGCUACAACUCAGAUUAUACCACUUAUCGACGUGUAGGCCACGCCCCUCACGGACCACCACCAAACCACUACCCACCAGAGCUACCGAGAAGGGCGGCGCCGCAGUUUGAACCGGUCAAACCGUCUCCAAUAUCACGACCGGUAAACUUGAAUCUUGGGUUCACUGGUAGUCGCAGCAAUACCCCGACUAGAUUCGGGGCAACUAAUGGAAGUGCUAAUGGCUACUCCACCGCGUUGGCGAAAACCGUCUCAGAAAUCCGUGCUCGAAACGCCGAGUCCCCUUUUCCCGACAGUCGUGUCGGGACGCCAAUCGACUUGGGUCUCCACCAGACCUCCACCACAAACGGUUAUCAAACGCCUAGCUCCCGAUUCGCCAGAUAUGAUGAUCUACCGCCGACGCCUACACCGACUUUCAGAAGAGCACCGUCUCAAGGCGACCUGCCACGUCACUACUCUCACGUACCGGCUAGCGCUGGUCCGGGGGACUUUGCUAGUCUGAGACGUGGCCGAGAAUUCGCUCUUCCACCGGAACAAGAGCAUCAGCAUCACUCGAGGGUCAGAUUCUUCUCAGCAUCACCAAAAGUUCAGAGGAGAACUCUUCAAGCGGGACCAUCCAUCGACGUGGAAUCGCAUUUCACGUAUGCGCAAACUCAAAAUGGUCAAAAAGUGUUGGCGAGGACUCAGUCGACUAGUACCUCACCGCCGCCAUCCCCUAAAACUUCAGCCUUCGAACCAGUAAAUGGCGUCAAUGGACACGCCCACAAUAUUCAGAAGCCAGUAGUCACACGCUCCAUAGCUGUGUCGACGGGACCACUCCCCGCGCCGAAGCCAUGCGGAGAGUGCGCUGGACUGAGAAAGGAGUUGUUUUUGGCGGUCGAGAAAAUCCCCCCGCCACCAGCGGAAACCUGCCACGUGUCCACCUCCACCAUCCCGCUCGCCUUAACCGACCAAUCCGUCGGCUCCGACCCCCUAGAGCAAUGCCACGUGGCACUUGGCACGGAGCCAACUUCCACGAAAGAAGUUGGCACCGUGCCAGACAUCGUUGAGCCAUUGCAGUUAUUACACGGAGAGACGCAGACAGAUAAGCGGGUUACGGUAGAUCGGGCUUGCAGUCCGGUCGGGUUUGAGCCGGAAGUCAGGGAAGUUAUCAAGGAAGUGGAGAAGGUGGUUACGGUACCUACUGCGACCGCCACGUCAUCUGAAUGUCAAGAAUGCGUGAAACGACAGGAUGUGUUUACAAGGAAUGUCGGAGUGGGCGCCUGCUCGAUUUCUGAUAAAAUUUGCGUGAGCUGUGAUAAGCAAGUGGAGGAGGCCGACGAGAACGAGGCGCCGGGUUUUAAGAUCGACCCAAAGGAUGACCAAAAGCAACGGGAAUUUGAGAUUGCUAAAGCGAACGCCGUCAAGAAAUUACUAACAAAUGAACAAAAGAGCAAUUUUCAGAGAGGCACCGCGGUUUCGAAAUCCGCCCGCUUCGACCGUAAACGUUCUGUUGACGACUUAGACUACAUAGUCGACAAGAAAAACGCAGUGUCCUCCGCCACAGGCACCCACGAGGCUCCGCCCACAAUUCCAGAUCCCUCCGAAUCGCCGUUGAAGUCGAAAGUGAUUCUGAAAAAAGAGGUGGUGAUCGAAGCACCGCCAGCUAAGCAGCUCCCAGACCCCAUACCAGCUAGAAUUCCACGUCCAAAAAUUAGUAAAUGGGCGGUGACGUCGGAGGAGGAAGCUGCGGAGACACCCGACGAGCAGGAGGAGGCUCAGGAUAGGUUGACACCACUGAGAAGUGAUAUGAGGCAGUUGGGAAAUAGAUGGCAACGUGGCGUCAACAACGCCGCCACCAACACUCAACACCUACCGUAUGCCGGCUCGGCGGCGGCACAACAGGAAGAUAUGAGUGACUCCGACGCGGAAUCCGAUUGCUCUGCACACAGUGACGCAACGUUUGAGGUCAACGAUGACGUGUUCGAUGCCGCCCCAUUCGAAGUGUCUGAUCGUCUUCGUGAAGCUCUUGAGAAUUUCAACUCAUCGAUCCUCGAGCCGGGUAGUGUGCCUGAGGAGACUGUGGAAUGGUCCGCAAAACUGGUCCGCCAUGUGUGGAUGACCACAGCUGGCAACGCUUCGUCACGAUACGAGAAUGUCGACAGAUUUGUCGGCGAAUUAGGCAAUUUGGGCCCUCAAAUCCUUCAUAUGGUUGUCAAUUUUUGUGAUCAGAAUGGUAACACUGCUCUACAUUACGCUGUGUCGCACGCGAAUUUCGCCGUGGUUUCCUCGAUUUUGGAUAGCGGGGAGUGCGAUUUGGACGCGCCUAAUCGGGCCGGCUACACGGCCGUCAUGCUCGCCGCUCUCUCGCAACUCGACGACGAGCUCGAGAAGGCCGUCGUGCACCGUCUAUUCCAAAUGGGUGAUGUCAAUGCGAAGGCGUCUCAACACGGUCAGACCGCUCUGAUGUUGGCGGUGUCGCACGGCAAAAAGACCACGACUGAGCUACUUUUGGCGUGCGGAGCCAACGUGAAUGAGCAAGAUCAGGAUGGGUCGACGGCGCUGAUGUGUGCCGCCGAGCACGGACAUAAGGAGUUGGUGAAGAUGUUGUUGGCGGAGAACACGUGUAACGCAUCGUUGACGGAUGUGGACAACUCUACCGCCUUAUCAAUCGCUUUGGAAAACGACCAUCGCGAGAUCGGUGUCAUGAUCUACGCCUACCUUAACUAUGGCCGUCUCGACAUCUCCGGACCAACAUCUACCAUUUAA